AUUUUAUGAAGCAUAUUGAAUGCCCUAUUAAAUUAGCUUCUGCUUCAGUAAAAUUUCCAAAUUCAUAAUUGUUCAACACAAACAAAGCUAGAAACUAGAUAUUAUUUAGAAUAUAUGGACAUUUUAUAUUUGGAUUCACUCAAUAAAGUCCAAAAGAUUAUUACUCUAAAUAUAGUAUUUAAGUGGAAGGUAAUUAUUACACCUAUGAAUUGAGGAAGACUCUUAGAUAAAAUUCAAGAAUGGGCUGAAUAUAUGAGGUAUUAAAAUCUACCUAAAGUGAUACUCAAUAUAUAGGAUUAGAAUGAGAAUCCUAUUAUUAAAUACUUUUUUCCAGAUGAUGAUAAUAUUGGAUGGAUUUACAAUGAUUAAAAUAUCCAUUUGAAUAUUAUUAGUACUAAUCUCAUAUCUGGAGUUUGUAUAGAUCGUUCAAAAAAUCUUGAAAAAAAGAAUUACUCUAUGAUAUAAGAAAAAUCAAAUUUCACUUAUAAAUUCUCAGUAAAUUUUCAAUAAUAAUUUAGGCCAAACAUAUUCCUGAAGCUCCACCAAGUCAAACUUUCAUGUAGCAUCAAAUUGAAUUUAUUUCAAAUAGAUUUCCACAAUUAGAAGGUAAUCUUGAAGAUGGAUAUCGUCGUCAUGUCUUGUAAAUUGAGACUUUAGCUGGACGUAAAUGGUUUGAAAGAAUUGGAGAUUAUUAUAUUACAGAUAUAGAUAAUUGUUUAGAAGGAAAUCCACAUUUAAUUUAAUGAAUUAUUAUAA